AUGACAGCAGCAAUACCCACAAGCUACAAUGAGAAGGAUAAGAUCUGGAGUGGAGCGCCAAGGAGUCGCCUCUACGAUCUAAACACAUCUGUGGGCAAGGUGAUUCACUAUACGAUGAAGAAUUGGCCAACAAAUGUUUGUCAGAUCAACGAUGACGAUGGCAUCACUCUGACCAAUAGCCAGGCCCUCACCUGGGCCAUACGCAUAGCGCAGCAGCUGCAGAAGCGUGAACUGACGCACGAGCAUGUGAUUGGAAUCACAGGCAGGAAUACAACAUAUAUGAUGCCAUUGGCUGUGGGCUGUUUGUUCAAUGCCACGCCCUUUCAUACAGUCAACCCCGUGUGGGAUCCAGACACGAUCAAGUUUGUUUAUGAAAUAACCAAGCCAAGUGUCAUCUUCGUCGAUGCCGCUGAGUACGAAAAAGUGCGCGAGGCAACUUUGGAGUGGAGUCCGGAAAUCUUUACACUCGAUGCGCCGCUGGAUGGCGUGCCACAUAUAGAGACGCUGCUGCUGGAGGCGAGCACAGCCACAGAAAUGUUUUAUCAACCGCAGGCGCUGCAGCAAGGCGGAGAUCAAACCAUGGCCAUCUUAUGCUCCUCGGGCACCACGGGCUUGCCCAAGGCUGUGUGCAUAUCCAACGCUAUGCUUACGCUGGAUAACAUGCCUGUGAACAACGAAACUGUCGUCUAUGUGGCCAGCAGUUUGGACUGGGUGAGUGGCCUCAUUGCCUUCAUUUUCUGCACUGUGUUUGGCUCGACGCGUGUGGUGACCGCCAAGCCCUUUGCGCCGGAGAACUUUGUGCGCCUGGCGCACACCUACAAAAUUAGCUUCACCAUAAUGCCGCCCAGACAUUUGAGCGUGCUGAACAAUUGUCCGGCGUAUACGCCGGAGGCAAUGGCGAGCAUGCGUCAGCUGACCUAUGGCGGCGAGUUGGCCAAUGGCGCGACGCUGCAGCGCGCGCAGGAGAUUUGCAAGAAUGCGCUGCUGAACUCGGGCUAUGGCAUGACGGAGAUUCCAUCGAUUACGCUGAAUCUGGGCAUAAGCAAUUACGCCUCGGCGGGCAGAGUGCAGCCGGGCAAUCGCAUACGCAUUGUGGACGAUGAUGGCAAGAAUCUGGGCUAUAAGCAGGUGGGUGAAAUUUGUGUGCACGCCGGACGCAAGUGGGCGGGCUACUAUGGCAAUCCGGAGGAGACGCUUAAGAUGCAGGACAGCGAGGGUUGGUUUCAUACCGGCGACCUGGGCUACUUUGAUGAGCAGAACUUCUUGUACAUUGUGGAUCGCAAGCGUGAGACGCUCAAGUAUGAGGGUCAUCACUAUUGGCCCACAGAGAUUGAGAGCGUCAUAGCGGAGCUGCCACAGAUCGAGAGCGUGUGCGUUGUGGGCAUCAAGGAGGAGCGCUAUGGCGACUUGGCGGCUGCGCUGGUGGUCAAGGCCGCGGGCUGCGACAUUAGUGCGCAGCAGAUUGAGCAGCAUGUGGAGCGGCGCCUGAAGGGCAUAGAGAAGAAGCUACAUGGCGGCGUUCGCUUCACGGACAAGCUGCCAACUAAUGUCAAUGGCAAGAUUAUGCGCAAGGCCGCCAAAGAAAUGUUUAUGGCACUUAAGUAA